ACAAACUCUCGUGCAAUACUUGGCCAUCGAGUUUAUUCGAACAGAACUAAAAGAGCCAUCAUGCCAUAUCUAAAGUCUGGUUCAACCUCCUCGUCAGACGCCGGGAAUUCUCCCCGCAAUGCUUUCGAAGAGCUCGUCCAAGACCUCAGUAGAGCUCUCGGCCCUAGCUCGGGGCUGGACUCGGACGAUGUCGACCCUCUCGACAUUCAGCGCUUGAUGGAACUCUACACCUCCAACCCAGAAGACUGGCUUCCUUAUGCCCUGGGAGAUACCAACAAAUCUUACACACGGAACCUUAUCGACGAAGGAAACGGAAAAAGUAACCUGUUGAUUCUUGUCUGGAGCCCUGGACGGGGAAGUGCUAUUCAUGACCAUGCCAAUGCCCAUUGCGUAAUGAAGGUCCUAAAGGGCAACCUUCAAGAAACCCUAUAUACAUGGCCAGAUCAGGAUAAAGUUCAGCAUGGACAGUCAUCGCCUCCCGAGGUCACGAAAGUAACAACGUACGGCGAGAAUCAGGUCACAUAUAUGUCUGACAAGUUGGGACUGCAUAAGAUCCACAACCCAGAUCCGAAUGAGCCAGCCAUCUCCCUACACCUCUAUACACCCCCAAAUGCCGCAAACUACGGGUUCUGUGUUUUCGACGAAAAAUCCGGCAAAGCAUCUCACAUAAAACAGUCCCACUUCUAUUCCAUCCGCGGCAAACGCACCUGAUCCCGACCUUCUUCGACGGAACCCUACGGCUUUGGUUUUUUCCGGUCUUAUUCAUCUGUAUCAGCAAUUGACACCCCUCGGCGAAUACAUUGUUCUCUUUCUUCUCCUUCUCCACUCAUCAACUGGCGGCUCUCCUCGCUAUCCGCCUUGAUAA